CACGUUUUGGUCGAGCGUUAAUGCUCUGUUUGUAUUUAAAAAAAAAUUAAAAAUACUUCUUCUCACAUAAUAUUUCUCGUAUUUCGCGUUCGACGAAACGAGAAUCGUUUGAGACGAACACCACAUGCUAUCAGAAGAAGCCGCCACCGGGAGAAAUCAUAGCACCGAAGGAAUAACCACUCAACCACCCGAAACCAUGCCCCGGGAUCUCCAAGAGCCUAGGCGCCAGGAACCACAGCCACAGCACGGGUAUCAACAGGACUGCCCAAAAAAGGAUCUUCACAACAACCAGCAGCACCAACGAAACCACAUAGAAGACCAACCGCCAUCGCGCAAGCGCCCUCAUCACCACAUGGAUCCCCAAUUGGGGUUGGGGUUCGAGGAGAAACAUCGGCACCAGCACCAGCAUCAGCACCAGCACCAGCAUCAGCACCAGCACCAGCACCAGCACCAGCACAAACAACAACAUCAUCGCCACCACUAUCAUCAUCAACAACAGCACCAGCAGCAUCAGGGUCAGCAGCAGGAAUCCCAACCCCAACCACUUUACAACCAGCCCAAUCAUCAGCAUCAGCAUCAGCAUCGGCAUCAGCAUCGGCAUCAACAGCAGGAAUCCCAACCCCAAUCACUUUACAACCAGCUCAAUCAUCAGCAUCCGCAUCCGCGCCCUCACCCGUACCUGCAUAUACAAUCACCAGCCCAGGAACAGAAUCAACCUUUUUUGCACUUCCAACAACAACAACAACAACAAUUCUAUGAACAGCAGAAAUUCCAGAAAUGCCAGCAAUACCAGCAUAAACAUCAUCAUCAUCAACAACAACAACAACAGCGUUUCCAGCUCCAUAUCCCCUCUGGCACAGCAAACACCGCAAAACCCCAACCCCAACCCCAGCAACAAUUUGUGCACUCCCAACAACAACAACAAGAAUUCUAUGAACAGCAGAAAUCCCAGCAAUCCCAGCAUAAAGAUCAACAUCAUCAUCAACAACAACAACAACAACAACAACAACAGCGCUUCCAGCUCCAUAUCCCCUCUGGCAAAGCAAACACCGCAAGCGCUGUAUCUCUGGCACACCGAGCAGCGGCCAUUGCCCUAGCACAGCGAGCCGCUCCGUCGAUGCAUCGCGGUGCGAUCGCCGGUGUGUCCGGUGCAAAUCCCGCUGCAAACCCCGGGACCGCCGCGGACCACGCAAAGGCACCGCCCCCAAAGGCGGCACCAGCGGCGACACAAGCGGUGCCAAAGCAGACGGAACCAUCCACAUCCGCAUCCACCCCCUCGGGCAGUGCGCUGGUGUGGUCCGGCCCGCCACCGGAAGACCUCGGGCCGCUGCCCAGCAACAUGUUUGCGCCGUGGAACAAGGACGACUGGACCAAGACGACGCGCAAGAGGCUGGGGGGGAAAAGUGCGGGGACCUUUGAUUCCUACUGGCAGUACAAGGACGGCGGGCCCCGGUUCCGGUCCCUCAACGAGAUCCGCCGGUUCCUGGUGGCCCUCCGCGCAAACAACGGGAACGCGACCCUGGCCCGCAAGCCCGAGCAGAUGCGCAGGGCCCGGGAGCUGCUGGAGCAAACGGCACUCGCCGACGCGAAUGCAAAUGCAAAUGCGAAUACAAAUGCAAAUCCGAAUGCGAAUGUGAAUGCGAAUGCCAAUCAUCUCAACUCCAACCCCAGCACCGGGUGCGGAACGAACGCAACGCCCAAGGAAAACAUUCACCAAAACUCGUUCGGAAGGGCCCGCCGGUUGCCCUCGCGGUUCUUGCAUCUCCAGGCCUCGCUGGUGCUGGCCGCAGCGAAGGACAAGGAGAAAGUGGGCGAACCAGCGGCAACGACAACGGCAACCACCGCCACAACCACUGCCGGUGGAGGAGCAGCAUUAGCAACAACUCUGGCCCCCACAACGGCUAAGGCGGUCCCGCGUAGCAUUAGCGUUACACCCCCUAAAGACGAUUGCCACUUCGAUUCCGGUGGCAGAUUGAGCGACUACAUAGUUGUUCUGUAACGGAACGAUGCAGCACGCAAAGCAUCGGUGUAUGCGGAUCCUGUGUGUUUGGUGAUCCGUUGGUAUCCUUCUGUAAGGGAUGUCUAUUGCAGUACUGCCGCGCUAUCGUGCGAGAUGAAUUGCUUUGGGGAAUUUGGUUCGGGUCGUCUCUUUGCUCUGCUACCAGAGGUGUAACAAUAUGUUAUAUUCCUACGCACGGACCUGCCGUGCACGAUUCUGGCUUCGAAACGGUCAUCAUCAUGAAACAAACCGAUCGCCAACAACAGACAAAUGCCAAUCGAUACUACGCACACAGAGACUGUUGGCAGCAUUGUACAGAAAUGAACAACAAACGUUUCCAGACAUAGGCAGCGACAACCCGAGCCAGCGGUUGAAGAGGUGUGUUGAUUGAUCGAACAAUCGAUCGAUCCUGUGUGCCGCGAAAGAUUCUGAAAUGCACCAACUGAAAUAAGUAAACCACAGCAAUCAUC